GUAUUUUGUAAAACGCAGUACCUAAAUCUAUAAGAUUACGCUUAUGUUAACAUUUUGUAGAUGUACAUAUUUUUCUGUAUCCUUAUGUUCUACUAAAAAGAUCAAAAUCACGUAUUUUUAAAAAUGUAUUUAAUAACAGAAUAAUCCAUAAUUAUUGGUUAACAUUAAACAGUGGAAUUUAUAAUAACUUUACGUGAUUAAAUUGUUGAUUUUAUGUUUUUUAAAUAUUUUGUUUAUAUUUUGCAACACUGUACCUGUAUGUAGUACUAAAAGUUGAUAAGAUAAUUUCUAGGAAUCUGAAUAUAUAAUUUAUUUAUUCCUAAAAUAUCCAUUCUCUUAAUGAAAUUUUAUUUUAUUCAAGAAAUAUCUUCUUUUUUGAGACUUAAGUGACAGUAUACAAGGUAAAGUUAAAUUGCAAUAUAGAUAUUGAUAGAUGAAAAAUAGAAGUGAAAUAUUUAUUAUAUGCAAAACCUUGGUUUAAUGGUAAUAAAAGAUGGAUUCUAACAAUUGCCAUAAUAUAUGUAAAGAAGUAAAUGAUAUUGAACUAUCUACAUCUAAUAAUAAAACAAAUGAGAUAAUACAACUUGUUGAACCUGUGGUUGAUAAUAAAUGUAAUGUUGUUAAUAAGAAGAAUACAUUUGAAGAAAAUCAGAAUGAAAACUCUUUAAGAGAAACAUCAUUUUCUAUUUUUAAUUCUACAACAUUGUCGGAAGCAACCACCUCACAAGACAAUAUUCUAAUUUCGUCAAAUGAUAGUGAGUCAAGCUCUCCUUCUAGUAAUCAAAAUAAGUGUAAAAGAAGUAUUUCAAAAGCUCAAGUAGAUGAUGAUAAUUGUGAUGACAUUAAUAUAUUUAAUGAAGAAUCGAGUAAACAUCAAAAAUUAAAUGAAAAUGUUUGUAAUAAAUCAAAAUCAGAAAAUGAAAGUGUUGAUAAUACACAAUUAGUAAAGGAGUCUAAGGAUAGUUGUAGUGAAGAAACUACUGAAGAUGUCGAAAUGAGAUCAGAAACUGAAGAAGCUGCAGCUCUUAGGGAAACAAAGAAUCAUGAAGAAGGACUAGAAAUUGAUAAUGAUAGUUCACAUGCUAGAUAUGCUGAAAAGCCUCUUUUAUUAAAUGUAACAGAACAGGAUUUGCGACAAUUAGAAGAGUCUCUCUUAUCAAAUGACUCAAAUUUUGAUACUGAACAAACAGCUAGUGAGGAGGAAUCAGAAGAGUCAGAGCCAGAUACUCCUGCAUGUUUGAAGAAGAAAAGACCAAAGCCAACCUGGUUUGUAGUGCCAGAACUUCUUCACCGUGAAAUGGGAAUUAAUCCAUCCUUUCAACGUAGAUAUUACGGUUCCUUACACGUUGUAGAACACUUUGAACUUAUGUACAAACUUAAAGAGCAUGAGGGUUGUGUUAAUGCUUUAAAUUUUAAUAAAAAAGGAAAUUUAUUAGCCAGUGGUUCUGAUGAUUUGUAUGUAGUCAUAUGGGACUGGGCAAUAGGAAAAAAACAUCAUUCUUUUGCUAGUGGUCAUAGGAGUAAUAUGUUUCAAGCUAAAUGGCUACCAUUCGAUGAAGAAAAUUUAAUGGCUACAUGUGCUCGUGAUGGACAAGUACGUUUAUUAGAUAUUAGACGUGGCGUAUCACGAAAAUUAGCUUCGCACAAUGCGCCAACUCAUAAACUUGCACUUCAUCCGGAUACGCCCCAUGUUAUUGUUUCUGUUGGUGAAGAUGCAAAAGUUUUGUCUAUAGAUAUCAGAGAAGAGAAACCAACAAAGUUACUAGUCGUAAGGGACGGUACUUUCCACGUGCAAUUGUACAGCGUUCAUUGUAAUCCUCUCAAAAGCAACGAAUUUUGUGUUGCUGGUCGGUCUCAAUGCGUUAGAGUAUAUGACCGACGAAAUGUAUCUAAACCAAUACACGAAUUAUGUCCUUCACAUUUGACUAUGAAGAAACAUGUACAUGUAACUUGUGCUGUAUACAACUAUGAUGGAACUGAAAUUCUUGCAUCUUAUAACGACGAAGAUAUAUAUUUAUUUGAUGCAAUAUCGCCACAACCUGGAGAUUUUGCUCAUAAAUAUGAAGGUCAUAGGAACAAUGCUACUGUGAAGGGAGUUAAUUUCUUUGGGCCAAAGAGUGAAUUUGUUAUAUCUGGGUCGGAUUGUGGAAAUAUAUUUAUCUGGGAGAAGAACACUGAAGCAAUCGUAAAUUGGAUGCCUGGAGAUGAACAAGGAGUGGUAAAUUGUUUAGAGCCUCAUCCACAUAUUCCUAUUCUUGCAACAAGUGGGCUUGAUUGUGAUGUGAAAGUUUGGGCACCUUCUUGCGAAGAUCCACCUUCACUUCAAAAAAUAGAAAAUGUACCUUUAAUAGAAAAAUGCGUUACAUCUAAUGCAAUGAACAGGGCACAAGAAACUUAUACCGAAUCCGAUGCAUUCGAUAGUCAAAUGCUUUGGAUAUUAUUAAGACAUAUUCGUCAUACGGAAAGAGUAAGACUAAAUCUAAACGUAAGACGAGUUUCUAGUAACCAAAAUCAGGAUGAUGAUGACGACGAUGAUGAUGAUAAUAUUGAUGAUUCUUCGGAUGAUGACUCUUCUGAUCAUAGCGAUAGUCAAUCAGAAGGAGAUGGAAUUAGAAGAUUGCAAUGUCCUCCAUCUUAGAGGUAUUAAAACGGACUAUUCUACGUUUUGUACAUUAAUAUUUAUACUAUCUUUGAAUGAUGUUAUUACAAAUGGCUAAUUAUGAUGAAGAGAUUAUGAUAAAUUUAGACGUUUUGAAAUUUUGAUUUAUCUUGCUCUACCAAUUUAGUAGUUCAAUAAUACAAGUGAUAUGUAUAAUUUAUUAUAAUCAUAAGAUUUAGGGUGCGUUGAAUAUGUAUAAAGACUUGCUAAAAAUAUGUAAAGUAUUAGAUGAAGAUUAGAAAUAAUGUAGAUCCAUUUCUAGUAACAACAUAAUUACAAUUUUGUAUUAUUCUCUGAAAAAUUAAAAAAAUUAUUGUUCCUAAAAAGAUAAGUAUUUACGAUCAUAUUUAACAAAUAUACCCAAAUUUACAUUCUUGUUUUUAUUAUUUACAAGUUCAAUGAUAUUUCAGAAUAAUAAUAUUUUAAUCGUUUUUGCAACACAAAUUGUGUUUUGAAAAUUGUGAAAAGAAUGCCAAGUUUAAAUAUCAAAAUGUAACAUAAAAGAAAAUAAAGGAUUGUUUCUAUGCAUAA